AUGGAUCCAUAUAGUCAGUCAUCUAGUUAUAUGGGCCUUCUUAACAGUCAAAACUUUCCUUAUGAAAGUUUUUCUCCAUUCAGUUCACAACAAACCGACGCUGGAACUCUACGUGAAGACACACCAGUGGACCGUAAGGAGAGAAGGAAAUGGACCCCAGCCGAUGACGAGGUUCUAAUCAGUGGGUGGCUGAACACAUCUAAGGAUGCAGUCGUUGGGAAUGAACAAAAGUCAGGGACUUUUUGGAAACGAGUAGGCGAAUAUGUCGCAGCAAGUCCUCAUACUAGAGAGGGUGGUGAAACAAGAGAGCAUCUCCAUUCAGAAAGACAAAUCAGUUCUGGUCAGAAUGAAAGUGAUGUUCUCAAGGUGGCUCAUGCCAUCUUCUACUCUGAUCACAACACGAAGUUUAAUCUUGAGCAUGUGUGGUGUGUGUUGAGGUAUGAACAGAAAUGGCUUAACCUUAACACUCCUAAAUCCACUAGCAGUUCAAAGAGAAAAACUGGUGAGACAGGUUCCCAAACUUCAAGCACCACUGUUGGUGAUCAAGACAUCCGGCCUGAAGGUGUAAAAGCUGCUAAAGCUAAAAUGAAUAAUGCAAUUCGUCAAUUGGCAUAUGGUGGUGGGGCUGAUACAGUUGACGAAUAUGUCCAACUUGCUGAAACAACUGCUCGAAAAUGUUUGCACAAUUUUACCGCCGGAAUAAUCAGCUUGUUUGGCGAUGAAUACCUACGACAUCCCACACCGGAGGAUCUGCAAAGACUUCUAUAUGAGAACGAGGAACGUGAAUUUCCGGGGAUGAUUGGAAGCAUUCACUGGAGGAGCUGGAAAAACUACUCCAUAUUGGGGAACAACGUGGAUUUCCGGGGAUGGUUGGAAGCAUCGACUGUACUAUGA